AUGGAGUCGCCGCACCCCGAUGAGCGGCCGCAAAAGAAGCGCAGGUUCUUCCGGGAAGAGUCGUCGCCUGCACAGCUUCCGCAUGUUCGCCCCGCAUCGCCUUCGAAGCUGCAGGAUUCCUUCAACAGCGCUCCUAGUCUGUCCAAGAUACCGGUUGACAAUGUGGUGGAGCAUGAGGGAGAUUUGGCGGGCUUCGACGCCAAUAUGCUGCAGGCUGUUGUGGGAGAGCUGCCGCACGCGACCCUCGUAAAGCUUAAGGAUGUCAGCGGCAGCGAUGUGCAGCGCGCGGUAAACCUGUAUCUCGAUGGCUCUUGGAGCUCUGCGCCUUCGUACGUUUCUCCGACCCUACCACAUCCUCGAGUGCCAGCCAUGCAACAAACCCUCGCGAACGCCCUCAAGCGAACUGACUCCGAAGCCUCCAUUGCGUCUACACCCGAUUCCAGUUCUUCGACUCCGAUUGCACCGAUCUUGAAGCAGAUGCCCGGCAGGCGAUAUGUUGGGUCGUUCGGAGUAACGGGCUGGGCUACUAAGAGCGGUAGUGGUCUAUUAAAGCACGAGGAGGAAGUUAGCAUAGAGCGACAGAAGGAUAUGCCGAAACAAAAGAAAGGCCUGAAGCGAGUGGUCAAUCUCAAGAAAGUAGACGUCAUCGUUCGUUUCAUCAACAGCCGUGGAGAGGAAGUAGGUCGCCUGGAGAACGAGUCUGCUACAUGGAUAUCGGCAUUGUUAGAUCAAAACGUCUGUAUUUUCAAAGGCACAGUCGUGUACACGCCCGACAGGCUCAGGACUGGGGACAACGUCUUCUUGCAGCUACGUGCUUUCUUUCUGCGCAGCGCGUUCGAUAGCAGGAAGUUUGUCAAGCCCGAGGAUAAUCGAGAAGUCAAUUUGUUCGAAGAGAAAGAGAGCUCCGAUGAGCGGGAUCUGAGGCGGCGGCAGGUUGGGCUGGUGAAGCUUUUUGAAGCGAUCAACCUUACUCCGACCCGCCAGAAUGCGUCCACUGAGAAGCAUAAGCGGCAAGGCCUGCUGCAGGCUGCGGAACGCGACGAGGACAGACAGAAACCAAAGCCCAACAGCAAUAGCGUGCCUGGCUCGUCCCCACCAUCUGAAGAAGCCGAGGAGGGUGAAGAGCUUGAGCAAGACCAGCUAGAUUCGCUGUACAAGAAAGCCCAAUCAUUCGACUUCAACACUCCCGAAAUGGACCCUGCCAAUACUUUCGUGAUGGAUCUACGCAAAUACCAGAAGCAAGCUCUCCAUUGGAUGGUCGGGAAAGAGAGGGAUGAGUCUCAGAAUGAUAAGGAAGAAUCGAUGCACCCUUUGUGGGAGGAGUACGCAUGGCCGACGCAAAAUGCUGAUAACCAAGCAGUGCCGAUCAUUCAAGAUCAGGUUAUGUUCUAUGUGAACCCCUACUCAGGUCAACUUUCGCUAGAGUUUCCCAGACAAGAGCAAAACUGCUUGGGAGGUAUUCUGGCCGACGAGAUGGGUCUUGGAAAGACGAUCGAAAUGCUAAGCUUGAUUCACACUAAUCGAAAUGAGGUCACUAAGAGCGAUCCCUCCAUCCCCAAGAGCCUACCACGACUUCCGAAAAACAGCGCCGUUAUCGAGCCUGCACCAUACACUACGUUGGUGGUAGCUCCCAUGUCACUGCUUGCGCAAUGGCAGAGUGAAGCCGAGAAAGCUUCUAAGGAUGGAACCCUCAAAGUCAUGCUGUAUUACGGCACCGAAAAAGCCGUCAACCUCCAAAAACUAUGUUCUGCAUCAAACAGUCUCAACGCUCCCAACGUUAUCAUUACAAGUUACGGCGUUGUCUUAGCUGAGUAUGGCCAAGUGGCCAAGCAAGAUGGAAACAGCGGCUCUCAUGGCGGCAUAUUCUCGCUUGACUACUUCCGCAUCAUCCUGGACGAAGCUCAUUACAUUAAGAACCGGCAGUCGAAAACAGCAAAAGCCUGCUACGAACUAAGCGCGAAACAUCGAUGGGUCCUCACUGGCACACCCAUCGUCAAUCGCCUGGAGGAUCUUUUCAGCCUGGUACGCUUCUUAAAGGUGGAGCCCUGGGCUAACUUCUCAUUUUGGAAGACCUUUAUCACCGUUCCCUUCGAAUCGGGGGAAUUCAUUCGCGCACUCGACGUUGUGCAGACAGUGCUGGAGCCACUCGUGCUCCGGCGUACAAAAGAUAUGAGGACCCCGAGCGGUGAGGCCCUCGUCCCACUUCCUCCGCGAACGAUUGAUGUCGAGCAGAUCACGCUCUCCGAAGACGAACGCAACGUGUAUGACCACAUCUACUUGCACGCGCGAUCUGUCUUCAACGCCAACGCAGAACGAGGCACGCUUCUCAAAUCGUACACGACCAUCUUUGCCCAGAUCCUCCGCUUGCGGCAGUCAUGUUGCCAUCCCGUCCUAACGCGGAAAGCGAAUCUUGUCGCGGACGAAGAAGACGCUGCGAUAGCAUCUGACGUCGCCAAUGGACUGGCUGACGACAUGGAUCUGGACAGUCUCAUUGAACGCUUCACUAGCGAGGGUGAUGAGGAUGUCAAUAGAUAUGGCGCCAAUGUGCUUAAGCAGAUCCAGGACGAGGCAGAUGCCGAGUGCCCGAUCUGCUCCGAGGAGCCUAUGAACGAUCAGGCUGUCACGGGAUGCUGGCACUCCGCGUGCAAGGAAUGUUUGGUCAACUAUAUCAAUCACCAGCGCGAGAAGGGCGAACUGCCACGCUGCUUCAAUUGCCGGGAGCCCAUCAGCGCACGCGACGUAUUCGAGGUAGUGAGGCACAAUUAUGCCCCAGACGACGAUGCACCGGCUGCCACACAGACACCAAAGAUCAGCCUCCGGAGAAUCGGACUCACCGGCUCCGCGAAGACGCAGGCUCUCCUUACUCAUCUUAAGGGCAUCAGGAAGCAGGACAAAGGAAUGAAGAGCGUUGUAUUCAGCCAGUUCACUUCCUUCCUCGACCUCAUCGAGCCCGCCCUCACCCGCGACCACAUCCCUUUCCUCCGUUUCGACGGCUCAAUGAGCCAAAAACUGCGCGCCACCACCCUCACCGAAUUUACCACCUCUAACAAGCCUUAUGUCCUGCUAUUGAGCUUAAGAGCUGGUGGUGUGGGGCUCAACUUGACCUGCGCGAAGAGGGUAUUCAUGAUGGAUCCCUGGUGGUCUUUCGCGGUUGAAGCUCAAGCAAUUGAUCGUGUUCAUCGCAUGGGGCAAGACGCGGCGGUCAGAGUCACGAGGUUUGUGGUUAGUGGAAGUAUUGAAGAGAAGAUGCUGAGGAUUCAGGAGAGGAAGAAGUUUAUUGCAAGUAGCCUGGGGAUGAUGAGUGAUGAGGAGAAGAAGAGUCAAAGGAUUGAGGAUAUUAAGGAGUUGCUUUCUUAG